UCUAAUACAAGACUAAAACAUAUUCAAUUCAUGAUCAUAAGUACUUGGAGUCGAGAGUGGAGUUGUUUUCACUUAUUAAAGAAAGAUGAUGAUGCAAGGAAGAGAGCCAUCCCCAGAAGCAACAGAAGCUGAAGCUGAUAUCGAGGUUGAGCCCUUGAGCGGUGAAGAAGAGCUACCAACUGCAAGGAAGAGGAGGAGUAGGAACAAGAGGAGGUUUAGCGACGAGCAAGUUAAGUCACUUGAAACUAUAUUUGAAUCGGAAACUAAGCUUGAGCCAAGGAAGAAGGUGCAAGUGGCUCGAGAGUUGGGGCUGCAGCCUCGGCAGGUGGCUAUAUGGUUUCAAAACAAACGAGCUAGGUGGAAGUCGAAGCAAAUUGAGAAGAACUACAGAGUACUCAAAUCCAACUAUGAUAAUCUAAAAGUUCGGCUAGAAGGCAUCAAAAAAGAAAGAGAGUCCUUGCUAGAACAGUUGCAGGAACUACGUAGUCUUUUAGAAAGAUCGCAUCACAGGAAGAAUGGAUGCAAGGAUUUUGAAGCCAACGACCAAGAUAUGAGCAAAGAAAAUGGUGAAAUUGUUGCAGGGAUAACAGCAAGAUCAAGCAGCUUACAGGAAGAAAUGGACAACCAAGGGGCAAUUUACUCAGACGAUGAUAAAAGUGGAAACAUAGCGUAUUUGGGGCAGGAGGAGCCUGAACUGCUGAAAGUAAGCGAGCACAUCGAUGGUUCCUUGAUAUCGCCGAUGAAAUGGUGCAGCUUUGAUGCCGGGAGUCUCUUUGACCCGACAAGUACCACUUCCCACUGGUGGGAUACCUGGACCUGAUGCAUCUAUUUACAAGAAAAUGGCAGUGUUUAGAAAUUUGCUCUUUUGAUAGGAGACGAUAACAACGAAAGUUCAGAUGGCAUUCAACCAAGGCCUUGAUUCUUAGAAGGUAACAAGGGAUUACUCACCUAUUGUAGCUUGGCGAUGCCACUGACAAUGACAAAAAUAAGUGCAGUGUUUUGUUAUUUAUGUGAUUGCAUGAUUGUGUGAGCAUCUCUGUGUCUGACUGAGAUGAGAGCUAGUUUGUAGAAAACAUUUAGAAUUCAGUAUGUAUAGAUUGUAAAUUAGUGAAAUGUUUUUAGAGAAUAAUUCACAAAUUUUAGCAUGCAUCUAUAAGUUUCAUAUUUA